UAGUACAAAAGAAAAUGAAAAGACAAGAAAGUGUACAAGACAACCAACCAAGUGGAUCCUCUGUUAUCAUAACAGAAGAAAAAGAUCUAGUACUGGUAGAGUAUACCAAGGGCAAAAUUUACUUUGCCAUUAAGGAUGGGGAUUUCCUAACGUAUUGCCAACGACCAGUCGGGGUGAUACGGGAUGGACACUUCACACACGCCCCACAGAAACUUUCAUUCACAGUGAAUGAAAAGGAUAGACAAAGUUUUGAUGAGAAAUACAUAAUCUGUUUAAUGAAAGGAAGUCUUGUUGGGAAGUGUAUAAAAGCUGACCAGUUAUCAAUUAGCAUUGAAAAUCAAAUCAAGGCCAUUCAUAAGUAUAUUAAUUAAAUGUACCGGUAAGUCAAAUAUUUAGAAAGUAGAGAACCUUAACCAAGACUAUAGAAGAAAAUUUAUAAUUCAUUUCAAAUUCGAGUGUAUUAGCCAUACAUGUAGGUGUUAAAUUGGGAGAUAUGAUCUUUUGUUCACAGUGAAAAUGUAAUUGUUUCUCUUUUUUAUCAUAUUAUGUUAAAAACUUUUAUCUUCUAUCUGUUUAAAAGAUAGAGGAUUAAUCCCCAUUGUCUCUUAAAACAGUAUGUAGAAAAAUUUGAUCACCAUUUUUCAAAUACAUAGUCAAAUGUGGAUGGCUUCAAGAUGGGGAUUUAUACCCCAAGCGUUUUGCUUUGUUCAAAUUCAUAAUCAAAUGUGCAUGACGUAAAGAUUAAUAAUUGUAUUGUUUUGUACAAAUACAUGUACACAGUCAAUUGUGCAUAACCUAAAGAUGGGGGAUUAAUACCCCAAGUGUAUUGCUUUGUACAAAUUCAAACUCAAAUGUACAUUCUUAGAGUUGGAGGAUUAAUACCCCAAGUGUAUUGCUUUGUACAAAUUCAAACUCAAAUGUACAUUCUUAGAGUUGGAGGAUUAAUACCCCAAGUGUAUUGCUUUGUACAAAUUCAAACUCAAAUGUACAUUCUUAGAGUUGGAGGAUUAAUACCCCAAGUGUAUUGCUUUGUACAAAUUCAAACUCAAAUGUACAUUCUUAGAGUUGGAGGAUUAAUACCCCAAGUGUAUUGCUUUGUACAAAUUCAAACUCAAAUGUACAUUCUUAGAGUUGGAGGAUUAAUACCCCAAGUGUAUUGCUUUGUACAAAUUCAAACUCAAAUGUACAUUCUUAGAGUUGGAGGAUUAAUACCCCAAGUGUAUUGCUUUGUACAAAUUCAUACUCAAAUGUACAUUACUUAGAGA